AUGAAGAUGGAAGCUUCAGUUUCUACGGUGGAGAAAAUAAUCGGUUAUAUUUUCCAUAACAAGAAGCUUCUAGAACAAGCCCUAACUCAUACUUCUUACCCUGAAGCUGUUUCAUACGAGCGUCUCGAGUUCGUCGGCGACGCCGUUUUAGGUCUCGCGAUCAGCAACCACCUCUUCCUCGCUUACUCCUCCGUUGAUCCUGGGACACUCUCCCUCCUCCGUGCCGCUAAUGUUAGCACCGAGAAACUCGCUCGCGCUGCUGUUCGUAACGGUCUACACCGUUAUGUACGUCACAAUACGCUAUCUAUUGUUGAUAUGAUUAACGAAUUUGUUGAAGCUGUUGAGUGUGAGGAUGAUUGUGUUGUUGUUAAGUAUGGUGGAUCGGUUAAAGCUCCGAAGAUUCUUGCUGAUAUUGUUGAGUCUGUUGCUGCUGCUGUUUACGUUGAUGUUGGUUUUGAUCUUAAAAAAUUAUGGGUGAUAAUAAGAGGUCUUUUGGAGCCGAUAGUUACACUACAGGAUCUGGAACAAAGACCACAACCAGUGACAAUGCUUUACGAGAUCUGUCAAAAGAAUGGUAAAAAAGUUGACAUAGAACAAAACAGAAAUGGUGCCAAAAGCACUGCCAAUGUCUAUGUUGAUGGAGUGAGGGUUGCUUCCGCUUCCUCUGAUCAAAAGGACAUUGCAAGGCUUGAAGCUGCCAAGGCUGCCUUGCAUAAACUAGAACGCAUACUACCUGCCACUACUGUGAUGCCUGAUUGUUGUGUUGGCAUUGAUGGUACCUUUGAAGUUGAAGCUGCAAAACAGAAGUUAUAUGCUAUUUGUGGGAUGAAAAAGUGGCCUAAACCAAUAUACAGCAUUGUGAAAGAUGAAGGUAGUCCUCAAAAUAAGAAAUUUGUCACCGCUGUACAAAUAGCUACUCCAUCUGCCACACUUCAAAUGUCUGGGGAUGAGAAAUCUCGGGUGAAGGAUGCAGAGAACUCUGCAGCUUCCUUUAUGAUUCGGGCCUUACAACAACAUAAAUAUGUGUGA